UGCAUGAAGUAUUAUUAUUCCAAAAAGAAGCGGCCUAUUUUGAUUCUCAACCUUGGUUGACUGAUUUAUAUAAAUAUAAGCACAUGCGUUCAAAUGGAGACUUUAAAUGUACAACAUAUGCAUAUAGUUGUUAGAAGACUAUACUAAAGAGGCGUCACGUCAAAUUAAAAAGCCAAACGGCAUUCUAUUUUUCCUCGCGCAUUAACGUCUCUAAGGGCAACGUCAAAUAGAAGUCGUUAUUCGCCGUUUUGUUGUUCUUGCAACACGACGUGAAAAUACGCACGUACAAACAAAGAUUAAUUGUAAAACAUUUGAGACAAUGUCACACGCAAAAAGAAAAACGUCUCAGCAUUUGGAAAGACGUAAUGGCAGAAAACCACGCUUAUGCAUGGACAUGAAUGAGCACGUGGCCACUAAAAACACGUGCAUUGGUGACACGUGCGAAAAGAAAGAAACUCAUAAAGAUAACGGAGAACAUAAAGACUCCGGCUCGAAACUGCCCACAGUUGAGUCUUGCCCCGAUGACAGCGCAUCUAGCGGACCGUUGUCUCGUGAAUGGCUGCAGAAACUUACAGCAGAAGACAAAAAAUUACUAGCAAAAGUCCUUCAGGUCAUUCGGACCCGGUUUUUGCCCCGCCGCCCCGCCUCUGUGAUGUCGCGACCACCUCCACCGUCCCUGGCCGGCCUGAGGUCGAAAUCCUGCUCAGCCUGUAUCGAUUACGAAACAUUGGACCUAAUAAAGUCCAAAAACAACAGAAAGGCUAGAUCGGAGGUUUUAUAUAAGAGGAAACGUACAAGAAAUAGAUCCCGAAAACAAGAAUUCGGUCUAAGAACAUUAAAGUUUUCGGAUAAUAGUGGCAAAAUUAAGGACAACCAAACUAAACAGAAACGAAUGGACCACCGUGAAGUUAUCGCAAAAAAGGAUAACGCGAUGCCAAAGAAGUCCAAAUCAAAAGUGCCUUGCAAAGACCCGGCUAUACCUACCAGAUUACAAAUUGGCCGUUGUUCCCCAGGGAUGCCUAUUCAAUAUGCGAAAUCCGACAUAGAAACACAACCAACGUCUGAUGAAAUAUGUAGCUCUGGAUCAAAGUGCUCAACUGAAGACGGGCAGCCAACAACACCAAUCAGUGGCUACAGAACAGCACUGCCAAUCCAGAAACCUCUUAAAGACGCAUGUUCCACUAACUUUGAUGCAAAUGCAACAGAUGUUUCGGCCCACGAAGGAUGCGACAUAGAUCCGAAGUUGUCCGUUUCUUCACGGUUGGCAACACAAUUCCAAAAUAAUCCUGCCAAAGAACUACAUCCGUUCGAAAAAAAAGAGGUUUCCAGUUCAGAAGAAGUGUAUUUGAAAUUCCCAAGGAAAUAUUCAGAAGAGGAAAACCUAGCGAAACUGAAGGAAAUCGCCUCCUUGCCGAAAGUUAGCAUGGCAAACAUUGUGGCAUCAAAUGAAACAGUACGACGAAUUAUUCGGAGCAACUCAGAUCGAUCCAGAUCGAUUCAAGACACAAUCAUUGCUGGUCAAAGAAGAUCUGCCUCUUUGGCAGCUCGAGUGAAAUGUGAGACAAACACUGACACAGAUAUCGGCGACAAAGGGUGUGAUUGCAACAAGAAAAGCAAAAGCGCCGACGGGAUUGAAUUGAUUGAAGGACCAAACACUGUGUCCGUGUCAUCAAAGAGCAAAUCGCCAAGACAUGAAUCGUUGACUGAAGUCACCACAGUGACUGAGAUAUCGACAUCUCUGUGCUCCAUCGAUUCUGCAUCUUGUGCCAGCGACUCGUUCACAACGUCUUCGCUUGAGGACACGAAUGACACACCACCAAUUUACCUACAAAAGAAAUUCAGAAAAAAGGACAGGAAGAAAACCAAGUACCCAGAGAGCAAAAGUCAUUCAGCCACAAAGAAGCGUGUCGAUCACGAUGGAGUCCUUAUACAAAAGGGCAAAGCAGCUGAUGUCUGUGGAAAACACAGUCGCACUACACCCUGUGCUGCAUGUAGCCCAUACGCCCAACCCCAAUCUCUGGUUGAUAUUACUGACAGUGGUGGCGAUAGAACAAUCCGGCGUAAGGAUAAGCCCAAAUCUAGCAAUAGAUCAAAAUCGAACAAGCUUGCAUCUCACAGAAGAAGAUCUAAAUCUGCAAAAUCUAAAUCGCCUCUGAGUAGUAAACCGGCAUUUAUAAGUAGCGGAUAUGUGGGCAAUCGGCGAUGUUAUUCGCCAGAGAAGUCAACAGAGAAAGUACCAGCAGCCCGGCAUCGUGGACAUUUUAAACAUCUAUCACCUACGGCUAAAACAAACGCAUCACCCAAACGAGGAUGCCCAAAUAACACAGAAAACGAGUCCCAUAAGUUGGAAAAGCCACCUCUCGCACCGACUCCUCCUCCGAAACCGCAUCAGCGGAAACGAUCGAACAUAAGACUACAUCAAACUAACAACGCAAUGACCGGAGAUGAUAACGAAAAACCUAUAAUUCUGACAACGCGAUCAGUUGAACUUCGUUACUUAGCUUCUCACAUAUCAGAGGUCGGCGGGGAAAAUCUGAGCGCCGUAAAGUACAAUCCAAUGCCGCCAAAGUCAAGCCAAUCAAAGAAAGCCGCAUUAACAGCUGUAAACAAAGCCAGAAAGAUCAGACACACAAAUCAAUGCAGAAAAGAAGAGGUUUCUCAGACCACGGACAAAACAAUCGUUCUCCCAACUGUGGUCACCAUUCCAAGCGUUCUCUCAUCUGACGGUACCUCACCACGGUCUUACGUCACCUCCACUUGGUCGACUCAUAGUCUCACAGCUCGAUCGGUUGCCUCACACAACUCUGCGAUCUUGGAUUCAAACUGCGAGAUCAAGAACCAGACAAGCGUCUCGAUAUCAAAUUCGUGACUAGAAGUGAUAAUACUUAGAGACUUUUUAUUAUUUAUUAAAACAUGUGAAAGUAAAUUAUUGAGGCAAAUAAAUAUCAUUCAUUAUAAA